AUGCCGCUCGACGUCGGAGGCUGCUCUCCAGGCCCGAUCUAUCGACCAAAUCUCAAAUUCGCUGGCAAGGGUCCAAAUGGUCGUGGUCCCGAGUAUUCGAUCCCGCCUCGAACAUUUCACGUGCGCAUUCAGGAGAAGAAGACCACGCAGGACUCAGCUCCCGGACCAAAAUACACAACUCCUCAGUCGGUUGGGCGGCAGGUAGAGUCCACCUUUCGACAACAGCCCAUCGUCAGAUUCAGCACCUCAAAGCGGAUAACGAUGGGCGCCCUCCCAACAUCUACUGGAGAUGUUGGGCCAGGUGCGUACGACCACGAGGGGAAGGAGGUCCAGCGCCGCAAGCUAAAGGACCAGGCUAAUGUGGCGCUUCACAAAAAGGGCUGGGGUGGCGCCCCCCGCUUCUACUCUGACCGUGUCGUCAAGCAGCCGGGUCCAGGCCAAUACACCCUGCCGCCUUCCAUCGGCGGCAAGAACCCCCAACUAAAAUCCGCGCCCACCCACGUCAUUGGCACCGGCGAGCGGAGCGGCCGCAAGCACCUGGCACAGAUGGGGCGCGAUACACCCGGACCGGCGUACGCCAUCGGCAGACAGGGACUGAAGAAGGAGCCGGUCGCUAGCUUUGGCACCGCAGCACGCUGGAAGCCCUCGGACCUGACGGUGGAGGACAAGGUGCUGCACCAGUCGUGCAUCAUUGCAGCCAAAAAGCGGGCUCUCGAAGCCACGGCGGCGCUGGAGAGCGCGACGGUGUGA